GGGUGUGUCUGUUAAAGGUGCAGGUAACGUUAGUGUUCGCUCUCACUGAAACUCUUGAACCUUCCUCAUGGAUCCUCUGACGCUGCUGCUGCUGCUGCUGAUCACUGUGAUCGGACGCUGCGUGGGGCAGGAAAUCCUGCCCGAAGGUCCGGUGGACGCGGUUCUGGGGUCGGACGUUGUGAUUCUGACGACGCUGGUGAACAAGCCGGACUACGUCUUCAUUAUCUGGAACUACAACGACGGCCACGAGCAGAUCCACGUCGCCACCGUGGGUUCGACGGGGCUGAAAGUGAACAAACCGUAUGAAGGACGGGUGUCUGUGAACGAAACCAACGGUUACCUGAGCCUGCGGAAGCUGAAACCCGAGGACAGCGGCGACUACAGCAUCACCAUCGUGUCCAUGGACGGAGCGACGAAGACCGCAGAGAUCGAGCUGCGGGUCCUGGAGCCGGUGUCCAACGUCGUCAUCAAGUCCAACAUUCCCGAGGCCAUAGAACACAACAGCACCGUGGUCCUCACCUGCUCCGCCCGCGGCUCCUUCCUCACCUUCUCCUGGUUCCACAGCGACGCAACGCUCGUUGCAGAUGGCAAACGCAUCACUAUCAAAAAUGAGGACACGUCCAGCACGCUGACCAUCGAUGCCGUUCUCAGGUCUGAUCUCACUGCUCCUAUUUCCUGCACAGCUGCCAAUAAGCUGGAGAAAGAGAAGAGCGCCCCCUUCAAACUCACAGUCCACUACGGUCCAGACAAAGUCACCCUCAGUCCUGUGAAGGUGCCUCAGUUCAUCAGAGCCGGCUCCAACUUCAACCUUUCAUGCUACGCUCCUUCCAGCCCACCUGCCACCUUCACAUGGUUCCACAACCAGAAAGUGAUGGAGGUGGCUGGUCCGGUCCUCUCGCUGAAGGACAUCCAAGCUCAUGGUUUAGGGAAGACGAUGGACGAAUACACCUGCAGAGCCACAAACGCCAAAACCCAGCGCAUCACUGCUUCUGCUGGAGUUUCCUUUGCUGUGAUGGAUGCUAUCUCCGGGACUAAAAUCACAGGUCCGACUUCCAUCCUCAUCGCCGGCAACAGUUCAGCCAAUCUCAGUUGCCAGGCAACGGCUGGUGCCGUGAAGACCAGGACGUGGCUGAAGGAUGGUAAAGCUCUGUCACUCAGUGGCCGCCUGGUGUUUUCUGACGACAAGAGCUCGCUGAUGAUCAACCCGCUGCAGAAAGAAGACAGCGGCGAGUACAAGUGUCAGCUGACCAACCCGGUCAACAGUGACGAAGCUUCCUUCAAGAUGGAGGUCAACUUUGGUCCUGAUCCAGCAACGGUGGCGGGCGAAGACGCCGUCGAGGUCAACGACAAAGUGACACUCACUUGCUCAGCGCUGUCUGCCCCGCCCGCCAACUUCACAUGGAAGUUUAACGGCACAGUGACUGAUGUCAAAACAGCACAGUACACCAUCGAGAAGGCGUUAUACAAGAACAGCGGAACGUACACGUGUGAGGCGUACAACGCCAUCACGGGAAAGACCACCAUGUCCAACCACAAACUGUCCGUUAAAGAGGAGGGAGCAUUGGAUGAAGGACUGUCAGACGGAGCCAUCGCUGGAAUCGUCAUCGCUGUCCUUGUAGCUCUUGGUGCUGCCAUUGGUUUGACCAUGUACUGUCGACAGAAAGUACCAAUAAAACAGGAGGAGGAGGUGGGGCUUAACACAGUAUCACCCCUGAAAAACACAGGAAGUAACUGGACUCUACAGGGUGGAGUCUCCGUAUUAGAGACAUCUUUGCUGGACACAUACAUUCAUGUUUAUUUCCCAUCAUCCAUCUGUGCAACACAGAAGGGUGUGUCCAUGGAUCAGCUGGUUUGCAGUGACAACCUUGAUGGACUGGCUUUCACCAAAUGUCUCUGUCUCUCUAACAAGGACGGUGGAAACAUGUUUGAACUUUUGACUGUUUUCACACACAGAGACACACACACACACACACACACACACUCUCUCACACUCACACACACUCUCACACACACACACUCACACUAAAUGAUUGUUUUUGGGAUUAUGUCAGUGUGUGUAUUGGGUGGCUGGGAUUCUUUACCUGACACAUUCACAGUCAGUGAAGUUAACGUUGACUGUGUCUCUGUCUUACAUUUGUCUCCUCUUCACUUUGACACCAACGCAUUUCUUUUAUUUUCCUUCCUUCCGUCAUGAUAAAAGUGUUAUUUUUUAAUGACAGGUGAGACAUGUCUCACAUUUCUCUCAUGUCUCACAUGUCUGUUGUUGUGCUUAUAGUUUAGUGUGUGUUUGUGAUCUCAUGUCUCACAUGUCUCUCAUGUCUGUUGUUGUGUUUUUUUGUUAGUGUGUGUUUGUGAUCUCACAUUUCUCUCAUGUCUGUUGUUGUGUUUCUUUGUUACUGUGUUGUGAUCUCGCAUGUUUCACAUUUCUCUCAUGUCUCUCAUGUCUGUUGUUGUGUUUCUUUGUUAGUGUGUUGUGAUCUCACAUGUCUCUCAUUUCUCUCAUGUCUCUCAUGUCUGUUGUUGUGUUUCUUCAUAGUGUGUUGUGAUCUCAUGUCUCAUUUCUCUCAUGUCUCUCAUGUCUGUUGUUGUGUUUCUUUGUUAGUGUGUUGUGAUUUCACAUGUCUCUCAUUUCUCUCAUGUCUGUUGUGUGUUUCUUUGUUAGUGUGU